AUGAAAGGUUGUAAUCAUAUUUACGUGAAAGUAGUUAUACUAUUUCUAUUUUUAAUAUUAAUCUAUUAUCAUUUACCAUUACAAACAAAUUAUUAUGUGUUGAAAAAUUCAUUUAAAUUAGUUCAUCAAAUCCUUAAUCGAAGUCAAACUGUAGAAAUAUUUAUUCCAAUUUACACUAAUUCUACUAUUUUAAAUCAAAGUAUUAUAAAUAGUAUUAUCAACACUACUACUACUACUACUGCUAAAUAUCCUAAUACUACUAUGAGUACUAAUUCUGAACUACCGACUACUAUUGAUUCAGUUGAUUCUCUUAUCGAAAGACCUCCGUCUACUUCACGUUCUAAGAAGAAAAAUUCUAAAGGUACUUUAGUUGUCUUUGUUUUUCAAACCAAACAUCAUGUUCUUGCUAAUCUUCAGUUAUAUCUUAUUCGUAAACUUGCAAUAGGUCUAGUAGCUAUUGAAUUGUUUGUUGAUAGCUCACUAACACAAGAUAUGUACAAUAUUUCCAUUAUACAUAAAGCUAAUCUUCAUGUAUUUCCAUUGGAAAAACAUAAAUAUAACGAUACACCAUCUGAAAGAAAUACUAAUGUUGUUAAUUGGGCUAUAUCAACAAGAGCUAAACGUUAUCUCGGUAAUGGUACUGCUAUUCUAUUACUUGAUGGUGAUGUUUUACCUUUAAGUCCUUUUGAUUCAACAACAUUAUUAAAUUCUCAUGAUAUAGUUUGUCGAAAACAUCCAGUAAUAUUUGCACGAUAUUGUUGGAUUGGAUUUAUAUGUUUAGCACCUGAAUUAUAUGACAUUAUUGAUAAUUUUGAUGUAUCAUUAACAAAACGUCAUGGUAUAGUUUAUGAUUCUGGUGGUAAAACUAUUGAAUUUCUUUUAAAAUAUAAAAAUACAUCAUUUUCAUGGAUGAGAGAAACGAUUUUUCUAGAUACUGAUAAAAAUCUAUUUUGGGGUGUCGUUGAUAAUGAUAUUCAAUGGAUUAAACAACAUUUUUUUCGAUGUGAUAAAUGUGGAGCUGAAGUAUUUUUUUCACCAUUUAAUGGUAGUAAUGCUGUUUUCUAUCAUAUGAUUAGUGCAACAUCGAACUGGCGAUUUAAAUUUCAAGAUCCACGACGGCAAGCAUUAUAUGAUUCGAUAAUGCAAUCGCCCUAUGGACCUAAUCAAAUUUAUUCAACAUCGGAUAUGAUGGCAUCUAUAAAAAAAGUUCAAAAAAUGGAAGUAAUACCUUUCUUUGGAAAUUUAACUUGUGAACAAACAUGUGGAAGUUAA